UGCACUUGGGCGAGAGCUGGAACGUGGAGCGGAGCUCGGGUCUCAGCGCAGCCACCGCGAUGAGAGGCGCUCGCGGCGCCUGGGAUUUGCUCGGCGUGCUGCUCCUUCUGCAAAGCGUCCAGACAGACUUUUCUCAACCGUCUGUGAGUCCAGGAGAACCGGCUUCCCCAUCCAUCGAGCCAGCACAGUCAGAGUUAAUAGUCAGCGCAGGUGACACCAUCAGGCUGAUAUGCUCCGAUCCCGCCUUUGUCAAAUGGACUUUUGAAUCCCUGGAUCAGACAAGUGAAAAUAAGCACAAUGAAUGGAUCAGAGAAAAAGCGGAGGUCACCAACACAGGCAAAUACACAUGUGUCAACAAAGAUGGCUUGAAGAGUUCCAUUUAUGUGUUUGUUAGAGAUCCGGACAAGCUCUUCCUUGUUAACCUUCUCUUGUAUGGUAAAGAAGAUAAUGAUACACUGGUUCGCUGUCCUCUAACCGACCCAGAAGUGGACAAUUACUCCCUCAGGGAGUGUGAGGGGAAACCUCUCCCCAAAGACCUGACGUUUGUCCCUGAUCCCAAGGCUGGCAUCACCAUCAAAAAUGUCAAGCGAGCCUACCACCGUCUCUGUUUCCGUUGUGCUGCAGAGCGAGAUGGGAAAUUGGUUUUGUCGGAUAGACUUGUCCUGAAAGUAAGAGCAGCCAUCAAAGCUAUACCAAUUGUGUCUAUAUCCAAACCAAGCUAUCUUCUUAGGGAAGGGGAAGUCUUUACAGUGAUAUGCACAAUAAAAGAUGUGUCUUCUUCUGUGGGUUCCAUGUGGAUAAAGGAGAACAGUCAAACUAAAGCACAGGUACAACGCAAUAGCUGGCAUCAGGGUGACUUCGAUUAUAAACGCCAAGAAGCAUUGACUAUCAGCUCAACAAGAGUUAAUGAUUCUGGAGUGUUCAUGUGUUACGCCAAUAAUUCUUUUGGAUCGGCAAAUGUCACAACAACCUUGAAAGUAGUAGAUAAAGGAUUCAUUAAUAUCUUCUCCAUGAUGAACACAACGAUAUUUGUAAAUGAUGGAGAAAAUGUAGAUUUGAUUGUUGAGUAUGAAGCCUACCCCAGACCUGAGCACCAGCAGUGGAUGUACAUGAACAAGACAUCCACCAACAAAUGGGAAGAUUAUCCCAAGUCUGAGAACGAAAGCAAUAUCAGAUAUGUAAGCAAACUUCAUCUAACCAGAUUAAAAGGGACCGAGGGAGGCACCUACACAUUUCUUGUGUCCAACUCUGAUGUCAAUGCUUCUGUGACCUUUAGUGUUUAUGUGAACACAAAACCAGAAAUCCUAACGUAUGACAGGCUCAUGAAUGGUAUGCUCCAGUGUGUGGCAGCGGGAUUUCCAGAGCCCACAAUAGAUUGGUAUUUUUGUCCAGGAACGGAGCAGAGGUGUUCUGUCCCUGUUCCACCAGUGGACGUGCAGAUUCAGAACUCAUCUGUGCCACCAUUUGGAAAACUAGUGGUUCAGAGUUCCAUAGACUCCAGUACAUUCCGGCACAAUGGCACAGUGGAGUGUAAGGCUUACAACGAAGUGGGCAAGAGUUCUGCUUACUUUAACUUUGCAUUUAAAGGUAACAACAAAGAACAAAUCCAUUCGCACACCCUGUUCACACCCUUGCUGAUUGGUUUUGUGAUCACGGCUGGCCUCAUGUGCAUCGUUGUUAUGAUUCUCACCUACAAAUAUUUACAGAAACCCAUGUAUGAAGUACAAUGGAAGGUUGUCGAGGAGAUAAAUGGAAACAAUUAUGUUUACAUAGACCCAACACAACUUCCUUAUGAUCACAAAUGGGAGUUUCCCAGAAACAGGCUGAGUUUUGGGAAGACCUUGGGUGCUGGUGCCUUUGGGAAGGUUGUUGAGGCCACUGCAUAUGGUUUAAUCAAGUCAGAUGCAGCCAUGACUGUUGCUGUGAAGAUGCUUAAACCAAGUGCCCAUUUAACGGAGCGAGAAGCCCUCAUGUCUGAACUGAAAGUCCUGAGCUACCUUGGCAAUCAUGUGAAUAUUGUGAAUCUUCUUGGCGCAUGUACCAUUGGAGGGCCCACCCUGGUCAUUACAGAAUAUUGUUGCUAUGGAGAUCUUUUGAAUUUUUUGAGGCGAAAACGUGAUUCAUUCAUUUGCUCAAAGCAGGAAGAUCAGGCAGAGGCAGCGCUGUAUAAGAACCUUCUGCAUUCAAAGGAGUCUUCUUGCAAUGAUAGUACCAAUGAGUACAUGGACAUGAAGCCUGGCGUUUCCUAUGUUGUCCCAACCAAAGCUGACAAAAGGAGAUCCGCAAGAAUAGGCUCAUACAUAGAAAGAGAUGUGACUCCUGCCAUUGUGGAGGAUGAUGAGCUGGCCCUAGACCUGGAAGACUUGCUAAGCUUCUCCUACCAGGUGGCAAAGGGAAUGGCUUUCCUUGCCUCCAAGAACUGUAUUCACAGAGACUUGGCAGCCAGAAAUAUCCUCCUUACCCAUGGUCGAAUCACAAAGAUUUGUGAUUUUGGUCUCGCCAGAGACAUCAAGAAUGAUUCUAAUUAUGUGGUUAAAGGAAAUGCCCGACUGCCUGUAAAGUGGAUGGCACCUGAAAGCAUUUUCAAUUGCGUGUACACGUUUGAAAGUGAUGUCUGGUCCUAUGGGAUUUUUCUGUGGGAGCUGUUCUCUCUAGGAAGCAGCCCCUACCCUGGGAUGCCAGUGGAUUCCAAGUUCUACAGGAUGAUCAAGGAAGGCUUCCGGAUGCUCAGCCCUGAGCAUGCGCCUGCUGAAAUGUAUGACGUAAUGAAGACUUGCUGGGAUGCUGAUCCCCUAAAAAGGCCAACGUUCAAGCAGAUCGUUCAGCUUAUUGAGAAGCAGAUUUCAGAUAGCACCAAUCAUAUUUACUCCAACUUAGCAAACUGCAACCCUAACGCAGAGAACCCCGUGGUGGACCAUUCCGUGAGAGUGAAUUCUGUCGGGAGCAGCGCGUCUUCCACGCAGCCUCUGCUAGUGCAUGAAGAUGCCUGAGCAGGCAGCAUGGCUGGUUCUCCUCUGAAGGAGCAAUCCCCAUUCUGGCUUCAAUGAUGGUUAUUUUGUUUUCCUUCAACUUGCAACUUACUCCAGGGGUGGUGGCCUCCCUACCCCCCCUGUAAUCCUGUCUUUAUGAGCACACUUUAGUGGCUGGUGAUUUUUGUCAUCAGCCACCCUUCUACUGCAAAGGUUCGAAUUGUAUAUAUUCCCAAUAGCAAAGUAGCUCCUACUGUAAACAAAAGCUUCUGAUUCAGAGAAAGGGAGGCGAUGGGGUAGAUGCCCAGUGUUUUUUCUAAUGUUUGAAAAGUAUAGCUGAUAGUUUAUUUGAAUAAAUAAAAUUGUCACCUUUGGCUAAAGAACCAUCCAUGAUCAUGUGAAGAUCAGCCGAAUUAGAAACUGAAGACUGAGUCCUUUAUACUGAAAAUAGAGUAUUAUUAGAACGAAAGGCCUAAAUGUGAAUGCCAAGGCUUAAGAAAUCUCCUAUUUCAUGCUGAGGAGUCCUAGGCUGUGAAAAUUGCCCCCCUGAGCAUGAAUAACGACUCCACCAUUGACCACCACAGUUGACCUGGUUUUCAAAUCAAGUUUGAUAUUGGGGAGUUGGAAACAGGGCCUCCCUCCAGCCAGUGUUUGUACAUAUUCAUCAUAGGUUGUGUGUCUUCAUACAUUGAAAGGUGGGGAACCCACAAGCUUUAGUUUCUGUACACAACCCUGACAUUAUGUCUGCUCUAUAGGAAUCAAUUAAGAGCCAUAGAAAUUUGAAGGAAACAGUUAAUACUUUUUUUAAGUGAAAAAAAUUGUAACUGCCAAGCACAAUCUUAACAAAAACCUCCUCCUUUAGCCAAUGAACUUGCUUUAUAGAUUCUCCAGAACAAGCCUACUAGCUUCAAAGGGCCUCACCGUACUCAAUGGAUUGGAUGCUGUUUGCAAAAGGGACUGAGGUCCCACAUGGUUCUCACAAGUGUGAGCAAACAGAGCUGUCUUAGUAUGGAUUCUAAGCAGGAAGUAGAAGACCCAGCCUCCUUUUUUGGAUCUGUCCUGGACAUCGGGCCAGUAUCGAUUUAACUGUGUAUGUGUGUGCAUGCAAGGAUGCGUGUAGACAAGGGAUUUUGAUGGGUGUUCUUUCCCUGAGACCAAGAGGUCCCAGUAUCCAGGAACCAACGUGGUUUCAUCGUCAUCCCUAUUUCUCUCCUGUUUCUCUGCACGUGGCUGUCAGGAGUAGCAUACCCAAGCUGAUGCAGACGCUGAUCCUCAGUGGAGUGCAUAAGGACCUAUUUAUUUGCAAUCCAUGUGCACUUAAGGCACUCUCUCUUAUACUCAACAUACUGUAUCCAUUCCAUAGACUUUAGAUGAUGCUACUGUUCCACUGAAACGUAUUUAAAUUUUCUGCUUUAGGCUGUAGCCUGGGUAUGAUCCUUGUAGCUUAAAUUCCCCCUCCACCCUCAUCACUGUCUAAUAUAAGAGAUAAAUCUAUCCAUGGCAAGAUUUGUGUGUUGUCUUGCAUAAUUCAGGUAUGUCGUUCAUGGUUUCCCCUCAUCCAUCCCUUAGACUGCAUUUAGAGGAGCCUUUAUUCUGGCACUAACAUUUGCACUGGAGUUGUAUGCUCUCGCACCUUUCCAAAGUUAACAGGUUUUGGGGUUGUGUUGUCACGUAAGUGGUUGUUGCCAUUUGCCAUACUUGGUCUGAAAAAUUCCUUUGUGUUCUUAUUGAUUAUGGUUAUAAUAAGCAAAAUAAUUGUUCAUUGUAGAUGUCUAGGUACUUCAGGGGCACAUCAUUGAGAAUUUUGUCUUGGAUAUUCUUGAAAGUUUAUAUUUUUAUAUUUUUUUUAACAUCAGCUGUUUCUUUCAGUUGCUUAAUGUUUGAGAUUAUUUUGUGGCUUUUUUUGUAAAUAUUGAAAUGUAGCAAUAAUGUCUUUUGAAUAUUCCCAAGCCCAUGAGCCCUUGAAAAUAUUUUUUAUAUAUACAGUAACUUUAUGUGUAAAUAUCUAAGCAGUGCAAGUUUAAAGGAUAUUGGUGUUUCAUGUGUUUUUUCCUAAUAUGUUGUCCAAUUGUUGACAGUUCUAAAGAAUUCUAAUAAAAAUGUAAAUAUAUAAAGCAAAUGGAGGGUUUUUUUAUUUCUUAAAGUAUACCAACCCCAACAGAAAGUUUUAUGUCUAGUUGCACUAAAAUGCAUGCAGGACCAUUGUACCACAUUUGGAAGUGUAUAUAUGCAGAUUUAAUAGAUAUUUGAG